GCUAAUCAACUUUUAGUCGAUGAACUGCACACUAAACUAAGUUUGUGCUUGGCUGCGGAUUGCCCAUUUCCUUUCGUACAUUAAUUUCGAUUUUACCAUACCAUGAGUCAUUACCUAUGCCACAAUAUCCGUCACCGCUAUUGCUUGGUUGAAAUUACUUUAGGGGUUUCCCGCAUUUUGAUGAUUUUGAGCAGAAGGUUCUCUCCUACAUUCUGGCCAAAAAAGAUUUCUCAUUUCUUUUUUCCACCAGCUAUCCUAGUCAGUUUUGUCUUUCACCAACUUACCACAAUUCAUCGGAUAUCUUUACAACGAUAACCCGUUCGAACUUUUAUAAUUCUGAUUAUGGUAAGAUCACUAGGUUUCGGGUCUAAUUUUAGAUAUUUUGUCAUAUAUAUUAUAAUCGUUUUAUCUGGGCAAUACUGCUUACAUCUAAUAUUAA